AUGCAAGCGGUAACUGAAGAGACACAUGAACCGGAACCAGUGACUGCGGCGGAUGACUUCAAGGUUGAUUAUAGAGCAGCCGCGAGGAAUGCUCUAAAUAGAGUGCAGGAGGAACUGGUGACAAAAGAGAUCGAACAAAAAGUCACACCGCAAGUGAUGUGGAUGCUGGGUGGAUUGUUAGAAAGAGAAGUGACCAGAGAUGACCCCGAGUGGAGAGCAGCAGUGGCUUCACUAACAGUCAGGGAGAAGAUCAAGAUCAUGCCGUCCAGACGACAACACGAAGAGAACGAGAGGGAUUCGGAUGAUUUGGAGACAAUAGCGGUAUCGAAACGUUCGAUAAGUCUGUUGCCACAAAAAGAGGUAAUCAGGACAGAACUCCAGCCGUUCAAGCAAGAAACACAGCUGCUGGCGAAGAUUCGGUGCGUUAAGAUGGAAGAAGACACACACCAGCCCAAUGAGCUGAAUAGUCAGAUGAGGGUCAUGAAGACGUCGCAUGAUCAGAUGGGCCAUCAGGGGAUCGACAAAGUAUAUCAGAGGAUCGUGAACCGCUUCGAGUGGCCUGGAAUGAAAAAGGCAUGCGAGAAGUGGGUAACAGCAUGUCUGUCAUGCCAACAGGUCAAGGAUCCAAAGAAGUUGCGAUUUCCUUUACAAUCGAUCGAGUCGUCUAAAUUCAACGAGGUGUUGCAGAUAGAUCACCAAAAUAUAUGCAUGACAGACACUGGUUAUAUUCAGGUGUUGGUCAUGAUAGAUCAUUUUACGAAGUAUGCAGAGGCCGUGCCCUGCAUAACUGCCUCGGCGGAAGAGACAUGCGACCACCUGAUCAAUACGUGGAUAGCGAGACAUGGUUGUCCGAUGACGUUUCAUUCGGAUAAUUGA